GGUCAAGGAUCCCUCGUUUCGGGGUAAACUUGACAGCUCUCGGAAUGAACCUACUACAAGUGGCCAUCGGAAUACCUUCAGUCCGUAUUCGGAAUAACAAGCCCUGACUCCGACCCCUGGUUCAGUCAGAGCUUUACAGUUCGAUUGAACGCUGACAUACACUUGGCAACCUUCCAUUAGACAACAUCAAUCGAUGCUUCUAUAGUGCUUGUUAUGAAGGAAUAGGUGCUUUGGGCAUAUUUAAAGAGGGAUACCGAAUGCAAUCUGGUCGGAGUAAGUCGAACGUCCAAUGCCGAGAUCCAGGCAGCAUGAUUUAGUUAUCUGUUCGGAGUUUAUAAAUACCCACUGAGUUCAUCAAUUGAUAGGCGAGAUGAACAAAUGGCAGGGAUUAAUUCCUAGGUAGUGACGUGAUAGGGCAAAGAAGAGUCACGUUAGAUAAGCAACUAGUUCCCUGGCUGUGUUGAGCGUCUCUAUUCUUGGUGUGCGUCAGGAUAAUCCAUACAUCCUUAGACUAUCUGUGAUGGUCUCUGGUAUCACUCUGAUUCAAGAUGCCGACUCUAGAGCCCGCAACCGAACGCACGCCGCUGCUCUCCGUCAGCUCCAGCUCAGAUGAUGCGGCGCACGACGAAGGGGCCAUGUCGCCGCCUCCCGAUGGUACAAGAAGAAUCGCAGAUUCACUUCCCCUGUCAGUAUGGCUCGUUGCGACCAUCGAGCUGUGUGAAAGAUUUGCCUUCUUCGGGACCCUCGGGCCAAUGCAGAAUUACCUCCAGUACGCGAGAGAUGACCCUCUGCGUCCUGGUGGAAUCGGGCUGGGCCAAGCGUAUGCCACGAUGGUGAACCAGGGCUUCUUGCUAUGGUGUUACAUUACCCCAGUGAUGGGCGCUAUUGUUGCAGAACAGUACCUCGGGCGCGUGAAGACCAUCAUCCACUCUUCUACGCUCUACAUCUGCGGCUUGAUGAUGCUCUUCCUGUCCUCGUUGUCAAUUGCCCAUGACUUAGGCGUGUCGCUGGCAGGUCUGCUGGUGGCCCUGUUCUUUAUCGGCCUCGGGGGCGGCGGCAUCAAGGCGAAUGUCAGUUCACUCAUCGCAGAGCAAUAUACCGGUCCCAAGGAAGCCAAACGCGUCCUGGACUCAGGGGAAGAGGUUAUCGUCGACAGGGCUCUGACAAUCGAAAGGAUAUUCUCGACAUUCUAUCUAUUCACCAACAUAGGCUCCUUGGGCCCCCUCCUCACAACAACAAUCGAGCAGAAGCACGGCUUCAGCGCCGCAUUCAGUCUCCCAGUGCUCGUCUUCCUGAUCGGCUUCACAGUCAUCCUAUCCAGCAAAGACCAAUACGUCAGCAGACCCCCGGAAAGCUCCAUCGUCUUCAACGCAUGUCGAGCAUUCUGGAUCGCCAUCAAACACAAAGGAAACCUCGACUACGCAAGACCCAGCUACCUCGCAGAAGCAGCAUCAGACUUAGAAACCCACGCAAACCCCCUCCCCUGGACCGACACCUUCAUCUCCGACCUCCGCCGCGCCCUCUCCUCCUGCAAGAUCUUCCUGCUGUACCCGAUCUACUGGGCCGCGUACACGCAAUUCCUCACCAACUUCAUCUCCCAAGCCGCGACCAUGCAAACCCACGGCAUCCCGAACGACAUCAUGCCGAACAUCGACACCAUAACAGUCCUCCUCCUCCUGCCCCUCGUCGACCGCGCCGUGAUCCCCCUCCUACGCCGCCAGGGCAUCCCAGCGCGCCACGUGCACAGAAUCGCCGCUGGCUUCAUCCUGAUCGGCACGUCCAUGUUCUACGCUUCCUUCGUCCAGCGCAUCAUCUACGCCGCGCCGCCCUGCUACGACCGGCCCCGGGCGCCCGACUGUCUCGGCGGAAGGGUCCCGAACCAGGUCUCCGUCUUUGUCCAGGCCCCUGCGUACAUCCUCGUCGCUGGCUCGGAGAUCCUGGCUGCCGUGGCUGGGAUCGAGUAUGCGUAUACGCAGGCGCCGACGUCGAUGAAGUCGUUGGUUAUGGCGGUUUAUUUGGCGGCGACGUCCGCGGGGGCGCUUCUGGCGAUGACGGUGACGUUCUUGACGGUUGAUCCGUUGGUGCCGUGGUUGUAUGUUACGCUGGGGUUGGAGAAUUUUUUGGCGGGGGGUGUGCUUGGGUUUUUUUGUGGGUGAGUGUCGUUAGGUUGGGUUGUAGAUGAUAUAUUGUGGGGAUAUAUCAUGUAUUAGAUAGAGCUUGGUGGAUGGGGAGAGACUGGUUUGGUUUUUUUUUGUGUCUUUGGUGUGAUAAGCAUGGUUUACUAGUUGUAGCAUGACAGCUUAAUAUAUAUAUCCAUAUGUCAGGGUGUUCUGUACGUAUGCACACACGUCGGAGAUCGAGUUGAAAACUGCUCUAGUGAGAACCCCAAUAUUUUCUUGACUAAUUCAGUAGUAGCCAGGUAUAAUAAUAUAUCCGAAAUCUAAAGUGAUAAACCAAUCAAAGGCUUAUGACAAAACCAAAUUAUCAAAGAUGACUCUAGACAUGCAAUAUCUAGUCUUAACCAUGACGCCAAUUUUCAGAGACACUGGAAGAAAAAAAAAAAAAAAAUUAUAAGUAUGAGAAAAGAA